GCUCCUUCCCUCACCGUGGUCUGGCGCGCGAACAACAUUUUCUCCAACGCGACUGACGGAUCACGAACUCCCCGAAGCUGCGACCCCCAUCGCGACCGCAAACAUCUUGGAUUUUUGACAGCCCACUUCGAAUCAAGAUCCCACCGGUUGCCCUUGGCAUUUGGAUCAUCCACUUCUUGCCAGCUGCCUUUUGCUUUCAUUGGGCUGCGCUCCUUGGCCUGCAGACUCAACAUCGUCGCCCUCUUUUUAUUGAUUUCAUUAGCCCCGUUUUGGUUUUGCGUCUAUCAUCGCCACUGUCGCCGCCGUCACAAUGGAUGAGAGCAUGGUUAGCUACGGGACACCCACCAACGGUGCAUCCCCUGGCGCAAACCCAAUUCUUUCGCAACCCCCUCUCCCGGAUGUCAAUGACCAGAACGAAGAUGUACAGAUGGGUGAUGGCCCAGAGCCAACAAUCAAACAGGACAGCACCACGCCUGCACCAGGCGCCUCAUCCGAUAAUCCCUUGGACGCGCCUGAUCGCCCCCCUGCGGAAUCGACAGCCCGCGAAGAUGAAGAGAUGGGCGACGCCUCUAAGAGCAGCGCUGACCAAGCCGAUGGCGCUGCCGGGAACGAGGGGACCGGUGAGGUCAAGACCAAGGAGUCUGUCGAGAAUGCUGCCAGAGAACAUCUGAUUUCGCAGACCCAUGCCAUCGUCCUCCCCAGCUACAGCGCCUGGUUCGACAUGAACACCAUCCACAGCAUUGAGAGGAAAGCGCUACCCGAGUUCUUCAACAACAGAAAUCGAAGCAAGACACCGGCUGUCUACAAGGAUUACCGUGAUUUCAUGAUCAAUGCCUACAGGUUAAACCCAGUCGAGUAUCUCACCAUCACUGCCUGCCGUCGCAACCUGGCCGGUGAUGUCUGCGCCAUCAUGAGAGUCCACUCUUUCCUCGAGCAGUGGGGGUUGAUCAACUACCAGGUCGACACAGAACAGCGCCCAUCGCACGUUGGACCACCGUUCACUGGCCACUUCAAGAUCAUCUGCGAUACUCCUCGCGGCCUUCAGCCAUGGCAACCCGCCGCAGACCCUGUCACCGUUGAGGGGCGGCCUAACAAGGACACAGAAGUCAAGGCGAGCGCUACACCCGCGCCAAAGUCUGAGCUCAACCUGGAAGUCGGCCGCAACAUCUACGAGGCCAACGCUAAGAACACCAAGCUCACCAAGACCGAGCGCAAGACCAAUGGAGAGACCCCAGCGACCAACGGUGUAUCCGGGACCGACGAGCUCACCAAGACGCCCAUCAUCAGAGUCAACUGCUACAACUGCGGCACCGACUGCACGCGCAUCUACUACCACAGCUCCCAGGCCGAUCCCAAUUCGAAGGCCAAGUACGACCUUUGCCCAAGCUGUUACCUCGAGGGCCGCCUCCCAGGAAAUCAAACCAGUGCCCACUACACCCGGAUGGAGAACCCAACAUACUCUUCCAUUCUCGACAGGGACGCACCAUGGAGCGAUGCUGAGACACUCAGGCUGUUGGAGGGUCUUGAGAGGUUCGACGACGACUGGGGUGAGAUCGCUGACUAUGUUGGGACACGGACCAGGGAGGAGUGCGUGCUCAAGUUCCUCCAGCUUGAUAUCGAGGACAAGUACUUGGAGUCGGAGAAGGUGGAUGCACCGGUUGGCCUGCAAAUGCUGGGCAGUCAUGGCGGUCAGCUACCAUUUAGCCAGACCGACAACCCGGUCAUGUCGGUGGUGGGCUUCCUGGCCAGCCUUGCGGACCCGGCCAGCACUGCGGCUGCUGCUGGCAAGUCGGCCGAACUGCUGAAGCAGAAUCUUCGCAGCAAGCUCGAUGCCGUUCCCGAGGAUGCCGAGGCCAAUGGCAAGGGCAAGGAGAAGGAGGGCGAGUCGAUGGAGCUGGAUAUCAGGCAAGAGGUUACCACCACCACCACCACGACAACGACCACAACCACCAAGACCAGCGCGCUGGCCAACAUUCCUCUUGCGGCCAUUGGUGCCAGAGCCGGCGGUCUUGCGUCGCACGAGGAGCGGGAGAUGACCCGUCUCGUCUCCGCUUGCGUGAACAUCACGCUGGAAAAGGACGAGCUCAAGCUCAAGUACUUUGACGAGAUGGAGUCGAUCCUGCAGUCGGAAAGACGUGAGCUGGAGAGGGCGAGGCAGCAACUGUUCCUCGAUAGACUCUCGCUCAAGCGCCGCGUCCGCGAGGUUGAGCAGGGGCUCAAGGAGGCUGUUGCCACGGGGGGUGAGCAGGGCAUCCGCAUGGUGCAAGAGCUGGGGCUUGAUGGGGAACGGGUGACGUUUGACGCGCCGGCACCGGCUGGGUCGGUGCAGCCGCUUAGUGCUGACGGGCAGCUCAAGAGAUAUGAGUCUUAGUAUGGCGAUUUGGUUGCUGAGGAGGAGGGUCACGGUUCGGGAGUGGAGUUUGGCAGUGAGGAAUCUGAGUCUGGGCAGGAGGAGGAAGAAUGGACUCCAAGACCUUGGGGGUUCUGAGAUGCAGAAACGCGUUACUUGUGGUAUGCGCGGGGGUCAAGUAGCUCGGCCUGGAGGUGGUUACAAGGUGUGCACCCUUUACAAAUACUUCCUUUUCUUCUUUUUAUUUUCUGUUCAUUGGCGUCAAGGGUCGGUGCUCUGUGCAGGGGAGGGAUGGAUGAAUUGUUUUUAUGGGAGCUCUGGGAAGCAAAUGGUGUCGUCAAAUGCUAUGCGUGGGCGUAUGAAAAGAAAGACACUGGGCACCUUUUUGUUAUGGCUUUACUAUUUCUGUAUCAAAAUACCUACCUAUCUUAUUACGAUGCAGCGGUUAGUGAGGGGUGAGGCGAGGUCUUGAUGGCUCUGGGGAGGAUAUUUGAUUUGAGAAAAGGUCUGCAAGUUACGUUAGAUGAGGUAGUGAUUGGUGUAAUCAGUGUUUUGGCGUAUUUGUUUAUAUUCAAUCUCACAACGUGAGGCUGCGAUAGGGGUACCGCUAACAGUAAGUAGUAGGCCGAGGUUGUUUCUUGCAGGUGGGACGGAGAUAAAUACCUAGUCUUGUGACCACCGGACUUGUCGAUGACCCGGGAAUAUUGUAGGUAGUUCGUCGGAUUGGGUUUACAUAUAUGAUCAUGGUCGUACGGGUUGGGCCUACUAUCUCCGGUCUUCAGGGUCUUUGGUAUGAUCAGUGUACAGGUACAAGGUGCAUAAUUGACAUCUGCCCCGGGCAAAGCUUAUUCACUCACUCAUCGGCGCGCAUUAUUUACAAGAGGUGCGAUUGGAGGAGGAGAGGGUAUCAAUAUGCAUAAGGUUUUC